UUUCAAAAUAAUCGUUUUAACAAACAACUACUUCAUUCUGCUGCAGAGUAAUCCGAUUUUCGAAUUAUGGUAUGGAUCUGUCUGUACCUUGUCUAAUUUUUCUUUGACUUAAACACGAAUUGAUUUAUUUGGCAAUUGUUUUAUUAUAUUAUUUCAAAUUCGUAGUUUAACUAUUCUUAGCAGGUAGUCUUGUAGCCUUUAAGGCUACUGGAUUAACUGGAACAAUCGCUUUAAUGAAACAUGUGUUUGUCCAUUUGGAAAAUUCCGCUCGGAAUUGUGCGGAAUAACCCAGCCGUGCAAAGGCAAAAUCGUGUCUACGCCGUAUUACCUUGCGCUCUUUGAUACAGGAUGCGAAUCGUGAAUACUUACUGUUUGCGCUUACUCAGUUUACAGUCCUUUAAAUGACAUUGAAUUAUAACUCUGCCAAAACUGCGGGCGCUCCUGGAAAUCCGUCCACGAUUCCACCACUUGUCCGCUUGAGUCCAGAGCAGGAGGCGGAUGCCAUCAUGCGAACUUCCGUCGUGUGGUUCUGCGCUUUGCGUUCCCUGCGUACGAGUGUGUCGAGUAAUCUGGAGAGCAUCGCAGAUUCCCUUAGCCCACUGGAACGCCCGAAAAACCGUUUCUACAAAUCCUUCGCAUCCCUCAACGAACAGCUGGAUCAAUUAGAACCCCUUAUCGAGAAGCUCAGCAAACAUAAACAUCGUUUCGAUUUCGGCCAAGUUCCUGCCAACGGAUUUCGCAGCCUACUAUCUGUGACGGAUGCGUGCUUGUGCCACCUGGUAGGCACAUCGCGAACGGUGGAAAUACAGAAGGACAGCAUUUUGUUCCGGAAGAAUACGUAUUUGAAGGAACUGGAAGAGUAUACCAAAGUAUUGGGUGGUCUGCAUAGGAUGUUGAUGUAUGCAGAAAAAAUUCUCGAUCAAUCAGAUCAGAAGGGAUCGAUGUUCCCCAAAGACGGCAGUAAACUGAUCGAGGAGUGGUUCCGUGAUGUGGAAACACUUAAUCAAGAGGUAUUCUAUGGACGCUCCCUUGGCUUUCAGUUUGCGCCUUCCAUUCAUACCACACUUCAAACAAUAGCUUUGGCAAUGGCCGUAUGUGCGGAAACAUACCGGACAUGGGAGGAGUGGAAACCCGGCUCAGCCAAGUUAGCCACAACAAUGCCUAACAUGUUCAGUACGACGAAAUUUAUCAUCAAUCCUCGGCUUCGAGCACGAAAAAUUGUCCAUACUACCCGGAAUGCGGACAUCAACUUUUGUAAACAGUUCUGGGGAUUGACCGAAGCAAGUUACCUGCAGUCAGGAUUCAACUGGAUACUACCGACAGUAGCGGUCAAUAAAGUGUUCGAAAUACCACCGGAACUUAUCUACGUUGCGGAUCGUGAUGGCAAGGAUAUCCCUGUCAAACCGGCACUUACCGACCGACCUGUUUAUGCCCGAUUAAUAAGCGAUACUGCUUAUGACAGACGGAUUAAAAAGCAGAAAAAACGCUUGCGCAGAUUACUUAGACGAAAAGGUUGGGGAAAGCGUAAAGCACCGCAUCUGCUCCGCAGUUCCCAAGGAAAUGUUAAUGGCGCACCAGAAGCACUAUCCCCUUGCUUGCUGUUCCAUUGCCAUGGUGGAGGUUUUAUUGCUCAGUCGAGCAAAGCUCAUGAAGUCUACCUGCUGAAAUGGGCGAAAGACCUGCAGAUACCUAUAUUCUCCAUUGAUUAUGCUUUGGCACCGGAAUAUCCUUACCCUAAAGGACUGGAUGAUGUCGUCUACGCUUACGCAUGGGCGCUUAAAAAUGCGAAGCAGCUAGGUUGGACAGGAGAGCGGGUUUGUUUCGUCGGGGAUUCAGCUGGAGCGAAUUUAAUUGUGGGCGCGGCGUUGAAAAUCGCACUGAAAAAUUUGAAACCUCCGGACGGUAUCGUUGCUGCUUAUGGUGCUUAUCUGGUGCAGUACACUCCGUCGCCUAGUCGGUUGAUGUCCCUGAUGGAUCCUAUUCUUCCUCUCGGCGUUUUAACACGCUGUCUCGCUGCGUACGCCGGAAUUUCUGAACCAACUUGUGUCGGCCAAGUACAGGGCGCUAACGAUAAAGUUGAAUCGAACACAGCGCUUCCUAAAUCACCCGGACCCUUUAGAGCCGCAGAGAAUGAGAUUGGAGAUGCUCCUGGAAAUUUAAGAACAACGUCCUCGUCUACGGCCAACCUCCUUGAUUCCGACCGUUCGCCUAACAACACAGCAGAAAAGGAUAUGGGUGAUCAGAUUCAGCAAAUACCUAAAACCGCGGAAAAUGAGUUGAAACCGGACACCAAGACGAGCAGAUGGUUUGGAAAGGGCAUCGCCACUUUGUUUAAUAAAAUCAGGGCGAAACCUAUGGAGAUCAUCAACGAAGAUACUCCUGUCGACCCUGAAUCGUCUCAGCCGAUUGAGGAAGAGCGCAACAUACAGCGGACCGACAGAGUGCCUCCACUUCCACGCUUUAAUUUCGCCGCUGUUUCAGUGGAAGAUCCAUUUCUUUCGCCCUUAUUAGCGGAAGACCAUAUUUUGCAGCAUUUACCGCCUAUUUAUCUAAUGGCGUGCCAUUUGGACCCUUUGUUGGAUGAUUCUGUUACCUUUGCUCGGAGGUUGCUGUAUAUGAAAAAAUCGGUGCAUCUCGAUGUGAUGAAUCAUCUUCCGCACGGAUUCUUAAAUUUUUCACUGCUUAGUACAGAAGCAGCGAAUGCCACUGAUCUCUGUGCAAAGCGUAUUAGGCAAGUUUUAAACCUGGACACUGAUGAGAGCAAGGAGUCGCUCAAGUAGCAAGAGUAUUACAUUUUGUUCUUCCAGCCGGUUUUGUAAACUUUUUUUUUCUAAGUUCAUAGUUUGUGCACUGUGUUACGCAUAAAGUCUUUCGACUUUGUAGUGAGUUUGGAGAACCACAUUUUAUGUUUUUGUCUUGCCUAGUGUUGCAGUCUGAAAUACAAUACGUAAGUACCAUGGUACAGAUAACAGAAGUGACUGGACUAUAAUUUAUUUUAAUUGUGAAAUUCCUAUAUUACCAGGAUCCCUUUCGUAGCAUCAGUUUCCUAAAUUUUGAGCUCUAAAGCGCUAUUCUUGGUGUAUUGGUAUCGUGUGAUUUGCAAACUUGAACGACUUUGUUUGGUCUUACGGAUUUGAAUGAAGUUGGGUGUUGCCUAGACUGUUCAAAUUGUCAGGUUGAAAGAUCCUGU